AUGGUUAUUGCCAAGCACAUGGAAGAGUUUCCAGUCGAACGAUCGGAUAUUGGUGAAUAUAAAAGAGUCGGAGCUGUGCUUGUGUUGCCUAAUGACAUGAUUUAUGCUGUGGAUUGUUCGCGCAAUGGCGUACACGGCGUGGCACGACUGUUAAUGGCACACCAAGAUAACCUUAAAGAUUGCAAGGUUUUCGUGUCUAGAAAACCAUGUUCCCUGUGCACGAAGCUACUGGUGCAGUCUAAAGUGAAGAGGGUCUUCUACCUGCCGAUUGAGCCUGAGUAUGAUUAUUUGCGGCAUAGAAAGGGUAAAAAGGCCGCUGAUUUUAACCACGAAACGUCGCGUGUCGAUGAGCUGUUCAAAGUAAGUUCGAUUGGCCAGACUGUGUUCGUUCCAAGAGCAGGGCAAGAGGUUACCGAUGUCGCUGAAAGUAAAAGAAAGACGCCGGAGAAGGCUAGAAAGGCCAAACAAAAAGAUCUCAUGAAGAAGUACUGGAAUGAUAAAUGGAUGAAAGUCGCUCAAAGGAAACUUCCGUGGCCUGCCUUCGAUGACAACAUGAUAGCUCAGGUGUACAAAGAUUUUGAAAGCAUCACAGAAUGGAUGGCUCACGUUCUCAUCAAAUCAGAGAUAGGAGAUUCGUUUGAAGCCUUGACGAGGAAGAAACGCAAGUCAUCUGACCCGUGCAGAAACCCUUUGGAAAGCGAGCAAGCAAUUCACCUAAUGAAACUAGCAUUCUUUCUAGCCGAGCGAACAGAUGAUCCAAGAAAGGGAGUCGGAGCAGUGUUAAUAAACAGACAUAAAGAUAUCGUAGGAUUGGGUUGGAACGGAUUUCCGACAAAAUCUCUCUACGGCGAGUUCCCAAGAGCCGCCGACAAAGACCCACCCGUGGGGGGUAAAGCAGACAAGAAGUAUCCAUAUAUCAUCCACGCUGAACAGAACGCGCUACUACUGCGAAACACCAAGAACAUCGUAGAUGCAACCCUGAUUGUAACGAUGACACCAUGCGAUGACUGCACUCCUCUGAUUGAGAUGCAAGGGAUCAAAACAGUUGUUUUGGGAGAAAAGAUGCGACGGGAUACAAGGGGACUGAUGAACUUUACAAAGUUUCCACAGAGGGUUGAUGAUAAAGAUGACCCGAUUGUGUGCUUUGAACUUCAAAAACAGCCGCAGUCCCAGAAAAGAAAAGCUGAUGAUGACUCUAGCGGUGAAACGGAAGAAAUGAAGUCAGCUCGUAAACACCUCUUCACCGAAACUUAAACAUGAUUAAAAUUAGGAAAAUUUGGACUUUUAAGAACUUUUCACGGUUCAUUUAUCCCGCUCGUUUUAAGCUUUUCUGAUGUAUCUGUAGUCAUUCAUAUUUUACUCGUAUUACUCUUUAGUUUUACAUAUGGCAACUUUUUUUGUAUUUAAUCGCAUUUACUCAGUCAAGUGCAUUUGCUCAGUAAUCGGAGUCACGUUCACAAAGUGCUACAUAAGGAAAUUAGUGGACCUGCAAAGACUAAUCGGUUACAUCUAAGACUCCUUCAUCUCCGUGAGAGAAAGAUUAACGAUUUUACGCUGUUUCAAGAAACUUGGAGUAGUAGGCUAGGAGUAGAAGUUAACAUUACAGUCAACUGGAAUAAAGUCAUUUCAAAUCUGUAACAAACAGUCUCCAAAUAAUUAUCAUGAAUUAAGCGUAGAAAAUUAAGCUUAAUUUCCUUGUUUAGCGAAGGUUUUCAGGGGCGUAACCAGGAUUUUUCCCGAAGGAUGCACAAUCUUUCAAAUCUUCCCCCCCCCCCCACCCCCGCCUUAACUAAAAAAUCUGUACCUUGAUUAAAGGUUUGUAAUCUAGGCUUUUGCACAUUAUACUAGCAUUUUUUCUGGGCAUUUUAGUAAGGCAAAAGCAUAAAGCAUUAUUCGAACAUUUUAGUAGCAUUUGCCAGGACAAUUGUAACUUUUUUCACAGAAGAUAAAAGUAAAAAAAUUAACAAUUUUCUUAAAAUUGAAUUAUCCAGAGAAGUUGAUCGAUUCUACUUUAAUACGAUUAUCAAAUAUAUUUUAAGAUUUACUGUAGCUCUGCCAUUGAUUUUUGCAUGUGUUAUUCUGGUAAUAUUUUGUUGCAAUAAUUUAACUGAGGGAGCAUUCCUUAUAAGCCCAGUGGCUUCCCUUGGGCUUGCUUUUUAAAUAUUUAGAUUUUAUUGUUUCUUGUUCAUACUUAUGGCAAAACAAACUGAAACUGACACUGAAACCUUAGAUCGUUUACGCCCGCACUCACUAACUUUUGGUUAUUAAUGAUUAAUAACUUUAUUAAUACAUAUCACACACUGGAAGAAAAAAUACACAAGAACAGGAAUAGAAGAAGGCUUUAACUAAAAUAUAAUUACAAUACAAUUAAAUCAAGAAAGAAAAGGUCAGUCAGAAAAAAUACUUUCAACUGAAAUACAAUACUUGGCAACUAAUUUCAAAUAUUUAAACAACUAAUAAUUCCUAUAAACCACACCAACAAAUACAAACAAAUACACCUAGUAUAGUCGCAUAAAGUGUAUAGAUUAUGCGUAGGCUAAUUAACUACUCAGAAAAAGUACAGUCUUAAGUUUUUUUUAAAAGUUACUUACUGUGAGAUUAUUGCGCACAGUUAACGGAAUAUCAUUCCAAAUAAUAGGAUCUUGCCAAGUGAAGGCAAAUUGAUACUUAUGACAGGUUUUAUACCAUGCAUCAUCCGAUUGCUUAUUGGUUGAAAACAAAAGCAGUUUGAAGACUUCAUUUGACAGGGAAAGUCCCUAACCAAGACAGAAUAACUGCCCUAACAAGUUCCUAUUUUUCCGAGAACGUCACGCUCUGUUAAUUCUUUCCUGUUUGAUUAUGCGAAUAUUCAAACGCACUUCAAUUUCAAAAAACAUAUAGGUUUUCCAGAACUUCGCUGGUGCCACAAUCAAUCAAUAAAUUUCAUUAUAUUGCGCUGGUACCGCCAAUUACUAUAAUAUCGGAUUCCACUCAGUCUAAAUCCCUGACUAUAUACGGGUCGAAUGACAACGCAGGCUAACAGUGAGUCAGUGACGUCAAACUGGCGGUGAUGUUGCAAUGAUAAGUCCUUAGAGACGCCACACCCUUCCCAGUAUUACAGCCAUAAACUGCUUUGUUUCACAGAAAUCAGAGUCUAGAAAAAAUGGACGCAAAGGAAGAAACUGCUCAGCUGACUGCUAUUAGUUCGCCCUCGCAAAGCAUCUCUUAUGCUGAUCGAGACGUCCGAAUAACUAAGGAGAACCUGUAUAUGGCUCUUGCUUUGCACAUGGAAACGUUUCCAGUCGAACGAGAGGAGGAGAUUGGUGAUUACCACAAAGUUGAAGCUGUGCUUGUGUAG